AACCGGGUUUGGACACGGAAGAAACAAAACCUUACGACUGCAACACCUGUGGGAAAACGUUCUCCGACUUGUCGUUGAUGAAUUUUCACCAAAAAACUCACCAAGUUCAGAAGUCUUUUUCUUGUGAAACUUGUUUGAAAAGUUUUGCACGACGAGAUGUUUUGAUACGCCACAUGAUAACUCACACUGGUGAGAAACCGUACUCCUGUCAGAGCUGUGGGGACAGAUUUGGAUUAAAAAACGAUUUGGUACGCCACAUGAGAAGGCACACGGGUGAGAAACCCUUUUCCUGUACAGUUUGUCUUAAAAGCUUCACUCAGAGCAACAGUUUGACUUAUCAUAUGAGAAUCCACACAGGCGAGAAACCGUUUUCCUGCAAAGAGUGUGGUAAAGGUUUUAUUCAGAGGGGGGCUUUGAACACUCACAUGUUGACUCAUACGGGCGAAAAGCCGUUUUCUUGUAAGAUGUGUGGGAAGUGUCUAAGAUCCAGCACCGGCCUGCUUCAUCACAUCAGAACUCAUACAGGUGAAAAACCCUAUUCCUGUCAGGUCUGUGGGAAAACAUUCAGUCAGGGUAUCCAUUUAUCCACUCACAUGAAAAAACACACCGGUGAGAAGUCAUAUUGUAAAGAAUGUGGGAAAGGUUUCGUCAGAACCGGUGCUUUGGCCGUUCACAUGAAGACUCAUGCGGCCAACAAUCCCUACGUCUGCAACAGCUGUGGAAAAUGUUUAGGCUCCAAGACCAGCCUGAUGUACCACAUGAGGACUCACACAGGUGAAAAACCUUAUUCCU